AUGGCCAAUACUCCGUUGAAUCUCAAGGCAGUCUACACGGCACCUGAUACCAGCAAGACGUUCACACAUGUCAUUUCGGUCGACUCGAGCAAGGAUUCAUUUGCGGCGAAGCAGUCACAUCUGACAGCCCUGCAAACUCUAGUCCCACAGCUGCAGGAGGAAAUCAAUGUCUUUUUGACUGAACGCAUGGAAGAAGACAAAAAAGCACAGGGUGCUAUUUCGGAGAAGGAGGCUCGAGAGGAGGAAAACUACGGCGAAGAAGUCGUGGAGGACGACGCUUGA